CCACGGCCGACCUUCUCUCCUUCGUCGGGCGUUCUCUCUUUCCCACGAUCCGAAACUGAAAGUAAAAUGUUUCUGCACCGGUCCCCGGCGGCGGCGCGGGAGCCCACAGAGCCAUUCGCAGAGUAACGGUCUCGCCGCGAGCAUCGUCGCGUGCGUCCUCCGCUCCUCUUGGUCGUCAUCGCGUUGACGGCGUGCUGUCCUCGGGCUCUCUGGUGAUGCGCACGAUCACGUGCUGCCUGCUUUGACGCGACGCCCCUGCUGCACGCGCGCAAGCUUACGUGAGGCCGCCCGCUGCGGUGACCUGAGCGCGUGCGUCGCUGGACUUUCCCCGCACCAGCUCGUCACCGGCUCGGACGCAUCUUCGCCGCAUCGCACCAACUUAGGGAUUAGACCACUUUAUAUAGUCUUCGCCGGCGGCUUUGUUUUUACGCUGAUGAACUCGAUAGCGGCAGUAACAAAAAAGGCCUGAUAAGAGUGGAGUCACUUGUGUAGCGUGAACCACUGUCCUUGUUUUUCGCGCGACAUCUUUGGCGCCCGCUUUAUCGUGCGACCUGCACCUCCACUCAGACUUCACCGGGCCCCCCGCCAGCUCUACUACCAGUUUCAUUCGAUGUGCGAGAGUGUCCACUGCUUCUUCGGAGUCUACAUCAGACUGUGUUCUCUUUGAACCCAUGGAAAUUUUUUACUAAACAACGCAAGAUUAUGGCUGCGGAAACGGAAACAUCGCGCCGAAUGUGCAGUACCGAAGACGACGCAGACUCUUCGGAUGAUGAAACCGAAGACAUCGCAACUGAGUGCGCGACCACCAAACAAUCCGGCGGCCACGUCGAUCCGCGGGUUGCAACAGUCGAACCUAGCACGGAGGCCCACCCGUCGGUCUCGGCGGCAGCCGGCGACGCCAAAGCGUUGAGCAGAACUCCGAGCUGCCGCUGCCCUCGUUCGGAGGCACCCUUCUCGGCACGGCGGCUAGUUCAGUCUGCUGGUUCGGUGAACGAUGAGGUACCAUGCAUCUGCUGCAGCACCGAGGACGCCGACUCACUGGGUGAGCUUCAAGUCUAUCACACUGCUUCGUACGCCACGGGGUCCGUUUCCGUUGAGAGUAGGCUGAAAUCUUCGUUGACGACCAGCAUGUCUUCGGGGCCCGUCACGAGGACUGUCCACGUGACAACGACCGUUUCCAGCGUGUCGCCGGUUGAGACACUGCGCGGCAGUUUCUCGAGAAGGUGCAUGAAUUCGCUGACCACCGUGUGCGUUCCUCUUCUCGUCGACCGAUUCAGCUGGCAGUCGGGCCGCGUCCACCACGGCAUCGUCCGCCAGCCCAGUUUUCGAAGACGAAGCGGAUCAUCCGUGGCCAAGGGUCAUUUGGCGUCGCAUUGCCUCGCACGAAGCAGCAGUACGGCCCAGCCUCAACUGGGCUUCCCGUCUGACGAAGUUAAAGAAGCUCCCAGUACCUUUUCGAAUAAAUCGCGACCAGUUUGCGACGGCACAACGGUGUCUGUGAAAGAACUGGCUGCUUCUCUGAAAGACCUCGAAGAGGACACGGACGAACCGAUACGAUUCUUUUUCACCGCACCGUCGCCGACACAGGAGCAACCCUCGACGGUUGGAGCCGCCCAGGCAUUGGCGAAAGGGGAACAUUGCGUAGCCGAUGCUCAACCUCUAUCUGUGAACUCGAAUUCAGGCGUUUGGAGGUGCCGCAAGAACAGUGAAGGUCCUGGAGGUGCACUUAAUAAAAAUGGCAGUCACGUGCUGAAAGUACCUGAACGUCCGACAGAACUGCCAUCCAAAAAGCGUGCCCAGGAUGUCGGCCGUGUGACGACGGAAGUGCUGUCCUCCCUGUACGAGCCCUUCGUCUCAGUCCGUUCCGUUAUUCUUCGUCAAGCGUCCGAAGUCUGCUCCUGCAAAUAUUUCGGUGAUGUUCACCGCUUCAAGACCCACUUCUUGCUGCCCGUUGCUCAUCUACUCCGGCUUGUGAAAACAGAGGUGCACGAGAUGAAAGGAAAGGCAACGUGCUCCGCUAGCUCGAAUAUAUUGGUUCUUGACGCGCGUCGUGCCAUGAGUCGCUACGGUGUGGGACUCGGCCUGCGGGCUCCUCACGGCUUUCUCUCGGUGCUCGACGAUUCCUGCUGCGAGUGA